CGCGCGGCUGGCGGUGCCGGAAGGAGCCGGGGCCCAGCGUGGAGAUGGGGAAACAGAAGAAGACCAGGAAGUUUGCGACCAUGAAGCGAAUGCUCAGUCUCCGAGACCAGAGGCUGAAAGAAAAGGACAGAUUAAAACCUAAAAAGAAAGUAAAGAAAGAUCCCAGUGCACUUAAGGAAAGAGAAGUCACCCAGCACCCUUCCUGCUUAUUUUUCCAAUAUAACACGCAGCUGGGCCCACCGUACCAUAUCCUGGUUGAUACCAACUUUAUCAACUUCUCCAUUAAAGCCAAACUGGACUUAGUACAAUCAAUGAUGGACUGUCUGUAUGCCAAGUGUAUCCCUUGUAUAACUGACUGUGUGAUGGCUGAGAUUGAAAAAUUGGGGCAGAAGUAUCGAGUAGCUCUCAGGAUUGCCAAGGAUCCAAGAUUUGAACGAUUACCAUGCGCACACAAAGGAACGUAUGCAGAUGACUGCUUAGUACAAAGAGUCACUCAGCACAAAUGUUACAUUGUGGCCACUGUUGACCGAGACCUUAAAAGAAGAAUUCGAAAGAUCCCCGGAGUUCCUAUCAUGUACAUUUCUAAUCAUAGGUAUAACAUUGAACGGAUGCCGGAUGAUUAUGGAGCCCCUCGGUUCUAAUUUCUUGAAGAGAAAAGUUCUGCCUACCCUCAACUUUCUUUGUUGCUGGUUCACUAAACAUGCACUAGCAUGUGUAUCAAUUAUCAUUCCACUCA